CAGCAAAAUGGGGCUCUCCAUGGUCAUCUUUGAAAUAUGUCUUUUACUGGGUCCAGUUCUAUCUUCAGCAAGAUCACAAACAAGGACCCUGGAUACCAUUUCUGAAGACACACGGACAUCACCUGAAUUUUUAUCAAGGUUUGGGGCGGUGGAAAAUUCUACCUCCGUCGAUGCUUCAAGUGUUUCCCAACCUGAUUUCACGACUGGUCUCGACACCUCGACUACAGACUAUGGUUUGCCCCUGAGGUUGGUGAAUGGAAGUGACCGGUGUCAGGGCCGCGUGGAGGUCCUGUACCAAGGCUACUGGGGCACCGUGUGUGACGACGACUGGGACAUCCAGGAUGCAGAUGUUGUCUGUCGGCAGCUCGGUUGUGGUCUUGCGGUGUCGGCGCCAGGCGGGGCCCACUUUGGUCAGGGCUCGGGGAACAUUCUCUUGGGCUUCGUAUACUGCUCAGGAAGGGAGCCCUACCUGUCGAGCUGCUCCCAUGGUGGCUGGUACAACCAUGAAUGUGGACACGGGGAAGAUGCUGGAGUCGUGUGCUCAGUUUCUUUUUCUACCACAGAGGCACCCCUGGCAACAACUGAGGCAGAAGAAAGCACUACAGAGUACACUGUGGCUACUGGUGCAAUAGGGACUGAAUUGAGUUUAGCCCUGAGGCUGGUGGGCGGAAGUAACCAAUGUCAGGGGCGUGUGGAAAUGCUAUAUCAAGGCUCCUGGGGCACCGUGUGUGAUGACGACUGGGACAUCAAUGAUGCCAACGUGGUCUGCAGGCAGCUGGGCUGUGGCUUGGCUGUGUCAGCCCCCGGGAAUGCCCGGUUUGGUCAAGGUUCAGGGCCAAUUGUGCUAGACAAUGUGCGCUGUUCUGGGAAUGAGUUCUACCUGUGGAACUGCUCCCACAAUGGCUGGAACUUGCACAACUGUGGCCAUGGUGAAGAUGCUGGUGUCAUCUGCUCAGCCACCUGGAUUCCCACCACCAUAACUUCAACAGCAGAAGCAGAGACUGAUUCAGGUUUGGCCCUGAGGCUGGUGAGUGGAGGUGACCGGUGUCAAGGCCGCGUGGAGGUGCUGUACCAAGGCUCGUGGGGCACCGUGUGUGAUGAUGACUGGGACACCAGUGAUGCCAACGUGGUCUGCAGGCAGCUGGGCUGUGGCUGGGCCACCUCGGCCACCGGAAGUGCCUACUUUGGUCAAGGCUCAGGCCCGAUUGUGCUGGACAACGUGCGCUGCUCUGGGUACGAGUCCUCCCUGUGGAGCUGCAGCCACAAUGGCUGGAAGGUGCACAACUGUGGACACUCAGAAGAUGCAGGUGUCAUCUGCUCAGCUGCUGUCUCCCAGUCCACAACCCAGCCAGGGACCGAAUCGGGUUUGGCCCUGAGGCUGGUGAACGGAGGUGACCGGUGUCAGGGCCGCGUAGAGGUCCUGUACGGAGGCUCGUGGGGCACCGUGUGUGAUGACGACUGGGACACCAGUGAUGCCAACGUGGUCUGCAGGCAGCUGGGCUGUGGCUGGGCCACCUCGGCCCCAGGUUAUGCCCGCUUUGGUCAGGGCUCAGGCCCGAUUGUGCUGGACAAUGUGCGCUGCUCUGGGCACGAGUCCUACCUGUGGAGCUGCCCCCACAAUGGCUGGAACUCACACAACUGUGGACACUCAGAAGAUGCAGGUGUCAUCUGCUCAGAUGCUGUCUCUCAAUCCACACCCCAGCCAGAUUGGUGGUAUACAACUACCUAUGCUCCUCCACCCGAAUCAACCAUCCAGCCAGGGACCGAAUCGGGUUUGGCCCUGAGGCUGGUGAACGGAGGUGACCGGUGUCAGGGCCGCGUAGAGGUCCUGUACGGAGGCUCGUGGGGCACCGUGUGUGAUGACGACUGGGACACCAGUGAUGCCAACGUGGUCUGCAGGCAGCUGGGCUGUGGCUGGGCCACCUCGGCCCCAGGUUAUGCCCGCUUUGGUCAGGGCUCAGGCCCGAUUGUGCUGGACAAUGUGCGCUGCUCUGGGCACGAGUCCUACCUGUGGAGCUGCCCCCACAAUGGCUGGAACUCACACAACUGUGGACACUCAGAAGAUGCAGGUGUCAUCUGCUCAGAUGCUGUCUCUCAAUCCACACCCCAGCCAGAUUGGUGGUAUACAACUACCUAUGCUACUCCACCCGAAUCAACCAUCCAGCCAGGGACCGAAUCGGGUUUGGCCCUGAGGCUGGUGAACGGAGGUGACCGGUGUCAGGGCCGCGUAGAGGUCCUGUACGGAGGCUCGUGGGGCACCGUGUGUGAUGACGACUGGGACACCAGUGAUGCCAACGUGGUCUGCAGGCAGCUGGGCUGUGGCUGGGCUACCUCGGCCCCAGGUUAUGCCCGCUUUGGUCAGGGCUCAGGCCCGAUUGUGCUGGACAAUGUGCGCUGCUCUGGGCACGAGUCCUACCUGUGGAGCUGCCCCCACAAUGGCUGGAACUCACACAACUGUGGACACUCAGAAGAUGCAGGUGUCAUCUGCUCAGAUGCUGUCUCUCAAUCCACACCCCAGCCAGAUUGGUGGUAUACAACUACCUAUGGGACCGAAUCGGGUUUGGCCCUGAGGCUGGUGAAUGGAGGUGACCGGUGUCAGGGCCGCGUAGAGGUCCUGUACGGAGGCUCGUGGGGCACCGUGUGUGAUGACGACUGGGACACCAGUGAUGCCAACGUGGUCUGCAGGCAGCUGGGCUGUGGCUGGGCCACCUCGGCCCCAGGUUAUGCCCGCUUUGGUCAGGGCUCAGGCCCGAUUGUGCUGGACAAUGUGCGCUGCUCUGGGCACGAGUCCUACCUGUGGAGCUGCCCCCACAAUGGCUGGAACUCACACAACUGUGGACACUCAGAAGAUGCAGGUGUCAUCUGCUCAGAUGCUGUCUCUCAAUCCACACCCCAGCCAGAUUGGUGGUAUACAACUACCUAUGCUACUCCACCCGAAUCAACCAUCCAGCCAGAGACUGAUUCGGGGUUGGCCCUGAGGCUGGUGAAUGGAGGUGACCGGUGUCAGGGCCGCGUGGAGGUCCUGUACAGAGGCUCAUGGGGCACCGUGUGUGAUGACGGCUGGGACACGAAUGAUGCCAACGUGGUCUGCAGGCAACUGGGCUGUGGCUGGGCCACCUCGGCCCCACACAAUGCCCACUUUGGUCAGGGAUCUGGCCCGAUUGUGCUGGACGACGUGAGCUGUUCUGGGUAUGAGUCCUACCUGUGGAGCUGUAGCCACAGUGGCUGGAAUUCACACAACUGUGGGCACUAUGAGGACGCAAGUGUCAUCUGUUCAGCAUCUACUGGAAACCCUCCCAAUACGACAGAUUGGUGGCACCCUUCAUCUACAACCACUUAUGCUACUCCACCCGAAUCAACCAUCCAGCCAGGGACCGAAUCGGGUUUGGCCCUGAGGCUGGUGAACGGAGGUGACCGGUGUCAGGGCCGCGUAGAGGUCCUGUACGGAGGCUCGUGGGGCACCGUGUGUGAUGACGACUGGGACACCAGUGAUGCCAACGUGGUCUGCAGGCAGCUGGGCUGUGGCUGGGCCACCUCGGCCCCAGGUUAUGCCCGCUUUGGUCAGGGCUCAGGCCCGAUUGUGCUGGACAAUGUGCGCUGCUCUGGGCACGAGUCCUACCUGUGGAGCUGCCCCCACAAUGGCUGGAACUCACACAACUGUGGACACUCAGAAGAUGCAGGUGUCAUCUGCUCAGAUGCUGUCUCUCAAUCCACACCCCAGCCAGAUUGGUGGUAUACAACUACCUAUGCUACUCCACCCGAAUCAACCAUCCAGCAAGGGACCGAAUCGGGUUUGGCCCUGAGGCUGGUGAAUGGAGGUGACCGGUGUCAGGGCCGCGUAGAGGUCCUGUACGGAGGCUCGUGGGGCACCGUGGUGAUGACGACUGGGACAACCAGUGAUGCCAACGUGGUCUGCAGGCAGCUGGGCUGUGGCUGGGCCAUCGCCCCAGGUUAUGCCCGCUUUGGUCAGGGCUCAGGCACGAUUGUGCUGGACAAUGUGCGCUGCUCUGGGCACGAGUCCUACCUGUGGAGCUGCCCCCACAAUGGCUGGAACUCACACAACUGUGGACACUCAGAAGAUGCAGGUGUCAUCUGCUCAGAUGCUGUCUCUCAAUCCACACCCCAGCCAGAUUGGUGGUAUACAACUACCUAUGGGACCGAAUCGGGUUUGGCCCUGAGGCUGGUGAACGGAGGUGACCGGUGUCAGGGCCGCGUAGAGGUCCUGUACGGAGGCUCGUGGGGCACCGUGUGUGAUGACGACUGGGACACCAGUGAUGCCAACGUGGUCUGCAGGCAGCUGGGCUGUGGCUGGGCCACCUCGGCCCCAGGUUAUGCCCGCUUUGGUCAGGGCUCAGGCCCGAUUGUGCUGGACAAUGUGCGCUGCUCUGGGCACGAGUCCUACCUGUGGAGCUGCCCCCACAAUGGCUGGAACUCACACAACUGUGGACACUCAGAAGAUGCAGGUGUCAUCUGCUCAGAUGCUGUCUCUCAAUCCACACCCCAGCCAGAUUGGUGGUAUACAACUACCUAUGCUACUCCACCCGAAUCAACCAUCCAGCCAGGGACCGAAUCGGGUUUGGCCCUGAGGCUGGUGAACGGAGGUGACCGGUGUCAGGGCCGCGUAGAGGUCCUGUACGGAGGCUCGUGGGGCACCGUGUGUGAUGACGACUGGGACACCAGUGAUGCCAACGUGGUCUGCAGGCAGCUGGGCUGUGGCUGGGCCACCUCGGCCCCAGGUUAUGCCCGCUUUGGUCAGGGCUCAGGCCCGAUUGUGCUGGACAAUGUGCGCUGCUCUGGGCACGAGUCCUACCUGUGGAGCUGCCCCCACAAUGGCUGGAACUCACACAACUGUGGACACUCAGAAGAUGCAGGUGUCAUCUGCUCAGAUGCUGUCUCUCAAUCCACACCCCAGCCAGAUUGGUGGUAUACAACUACCUAUGCUACUCCACCCGAAUCAACCAUCCAGCAAGGGACCGAAUCGGGUUUGGCCCUGAGGCUGGUGAAUGGAGGUGACCGGUGUCAGGGCCGCGUAGAGGUCCUGUACGGAGGCUCGUGGGGCACCGUGUGUGAUGACGACUGGGACACCAGUGAUGCCAACGUGGUCUGCAGGCAGCUGGGCUGUGGCUGGGCCACCUCGGCCCCAGGUUAUGCCCGCUUUGGUCAGGGCUCAGGCCCGAUUGUGCUGGACAAUGUGCGCUGCUCUGGGCACGAGUCCUACCUGUGGAGCUGCCCCCACAAUGGCUGGAACUCACACAACUGUGGACACUCAGAAGAUGCAGGUGUCAUCUGCUCAGAUGCUGUCUCUCAAUCCACACCCCAGCCAGAUUGGUGGUAUACAACUACCUAUGCUACUCCACCCGAAUCAACCAUCCAGCAAGAGACUGAUUCGGGGUUGGCCCUGAGGCUGGUGAAUGGAGGUGACCGGUGUCAGGGCCGCGUGGAGGUCCUGUACAGAGGCUCAUGGGGCACCGUGUGUGAUGACGGCUGGGACACGAAUGAUGCCAACGUGGUCUGCAGGCAACUGGGCUGUGGCUGGGCCACCUCGGCCCCACACAAUGCCCACUUUGGUCAGGGAUCUGGCCCGAUUGUGCUGGACGACGUGAGCUGUUCUGGGUAUGAGUCCUACCUGUGGAGCUGUAGCCACAGUGGCUGGAAUUCACACAACUGUGGGCACUAUGAGGACGCAAGUGUCAUCUGUUCAGCAUCUACUGGAAACCCUCCCAAUACGACAGAUUGGUGGCACCCUUCAUCUACAACCACUUAUGCUACUCCACCCGAAUCAACCAUCCAGCAAGUAGGGACCGAUUCGGGGUUGGCCCUGAGGCUGGUGAACGGAGGUGACCGGUGUCAGGGCCGCGUGGAGGUCCUGUACAGAGGCUCGUGGGGCACCGUGUGCGACGACAGCUGGGACACCAAUGAUGCCAACGUGGUCUGCAGGCAGCUGGGCUGUGGCUGGGCCACCUCGGCCCCAGGAAAUGCCCGCUUUGGUCAGGGCUCGGGCCCGAUUGUGCUAGACGAUGUGCGCUGCUCCGGGCACGAGUCUUAUCUGUGGAGCUGCAGCCACAAUGGCUGGAACUCGCACAACUGCAGGCACUCUGAGGACGCAAGUGUCAUCUGCUCAGCAUCUACAGGAAUCCCUCCUACUACGACAGAUUGGUGGCGCCCUUCAUCUACAACCACUGAUGUAGGGACCGAUUCGGGGUUGGCCCUGAGGCUGGUGAACGGAGGUGACCGGUGUCAGGGCCGCGUGGAGGUCCUGUACAGAGGCUCGUGGGGCACCGUGUGCGACGACAGCUGGGACACCAAUGAUGCCAACGUGGUCUGCAGGCAGCUGGGCUGUGGCUGGGCCACCUCGGCCCCAGGAAAUGCCCGCUUUGGUCAGGGCUCGGGCCCGAUUGUGCUAGACGAUGUGCGCUGCUCCGGGCACGAGUCUUAUCUGUGGAGCUGCAGCCACAAUGGCUGGAACUCACACAACUGCAGGCACUCUGAGGACGCAAGUGUCAUCUGCUCAGCAUCUACAGGAAUCCCUCCUACUACGACAGAUUGGUGGCGCCCUUCAUCUACAACCACUGAUGUAGGGACCGAUUCGGGGUUGGCCCUGAGGCUGGUGAACGGAGGUGACCGGUGUCAAGGCCGCGUGGAGGUCCUGUACAGAGGCUCGUGGGGCACCGUGUGCGACGACAGCUGGGACACCAAUGAUGCCAACGUGGUCUGCAGGCAGCUGGGCUGUGGCUGGGCCAUCUCGGCCCCAGGAAAUGCCCGCUUUGGUCAGGGCUCGGGCCCGAUUGUGCUAGACGAUGUGCGCUGCUCCGGGUACGAGUCUUAUCUGUGGAGCUGCAGCCACAAUGGCUGGAACUUGCACAACUGCAGGCACUCUGAGGACGCAAGUGUCAUCUGCUCAGCAUCUACAGGAAUCCCUCCUACUACGACAGAUUGGUGGCGCCCUUCAUCUACAACCACUGAUGCAUCUACAGGAAUCCCUCCUACUACGACAGGGAAUGAAACAGGUUUGGCUCUGAGGCUGGUGAACGGAGGGGACCGGUGUCAGGGCCGCGUGGAGGUCCUGUACAGAGGCUCGUGGGGCACCGUGUGCGACGACAGCUGGGACACCAAUGAUGCCAACGUAGUCUGCAGGCAGCUGGGCUGUGGCUGGGCCACAUCAGCUCCAGGAAAUGCCCGCUUUGGUCAGGGCUCGGGCCCAAUUGUGCUGGAUGACUUGCGCUGCUCUGGGAAUGAGUCCUACCUGUGGAACUGCCCCCACAAUGGCUGGAACUUGCACAACUGCAGGCACUCAGAGGACGCAAGUGUCAUUUGCUCAGCAUCUACAGAAAGCCCUCCUACUACGACAGAUUGGUGGCGCCCUUCAUCUACAACCACUCAUGGACAGUCUACAGCUUGUGGUGGCUUCUUAUUCAAUGCCAGUGGGACCUUUUCAAGCCCAUCCUACCCUGGAUACUACCCCAACAACGCUGAGUGUGUCUGGGAAAUAGAAGUGAACCCCGGCUACCGCAUAAAUCUGGGCUUCAACCGUCUGCAGCUGGAGAUGCAUAGUAACUGCGCUUUUGAUUAUGUUGAAAUCUCUGAUAGAUCACUGAAUAACAGUAACUUUCUGGGGAAAAUUUGUAAUGACACCAGGCAAACAUUCACCUCUUCCUACAACCGAAUGACUGUUCGAUUUCGAAGUGAUGCCAGUGUCCAAAACAUCGGCUUUUCUGCUUGGUAUAACUCCUUUCCUAGAGAUGCCAGCUUGAGAUUAGUCAAUUCCAACGUCUCCUAUAAUGCAUGUGCCGGGCGUGUGGAAAUUUACCACGGUGGCAGGUGGGGGACGGUUUGUGAUGAUUUCUGGGACAUUCAGGAUGCCCAGGUGGUCUGCAGACAGCUGAGGUGUGGAUAUGCAGUAUCAGCCCCGGGAAACGCCUAUUUUGGGCAGGGCUCUGGCCCCAUCACCCUGGACGGCGUAGCAUGCUCAGGGACCGAAUCUACCCUCUGGCAGUGCUGGAACCAAGGCUGGUUCUCCCAUAAUUGUGCACACAGUGAAGAUGCUGCAGUCAUUUGCUCAGGAAUUGACCCAACAACGCCUGCUCUUAUUCAAGAUGUCACAAGCCCAAACAUAGCAAAUUCUUCCUGCGGAGGCUUCAUGUCCCAGCCAUCAGGGCACUUUUCCAGCCCAUUCUAUCCCGGGAACUAUCCAAACAACGCCAGAUGUGUGUGGGACAUUGAAGUCCCAAACAACUACCACGUGACUGUUGUCUUCAAAGAUGUCCAGCUUGAAGGUGGUUGUAACUACGACUAUAUUGAAGUGUUCGAUGGCCCAUCCCAUAGUUCCCCUCUGAUUGCCCGUGUUUGUGAUGGAGCCAAGAGCUCUCUCACUUCGUCAUCGAACUUCAUGUCCAUUCGCUUCGUCAGUGAUGGCAGCGUCACGAGGAAGGGCUUCCAGGCUAACUACUACUCCAGUCCUUCCGAUGAUAACACCAAGCUGCUUUGUCUGCCAAACCAUAUGCAAGCCAGCGUGAGCAGGAGCUAUCUCCGAUCCCUGGGCUAUCCUGACACUGAGGUUGUCAUUCCCACCUUGAAUGAAAGCUACCAGUGUCAGCCCCAAAUAACGGCCAGCCAGGUGACAUUCAAAAUUCCGUACUCAGGCUGCGGCACCAUCGAGCAGGUCGAUAAUGAUACCAUCACCUAUUCCAACUUCCUCAAAGUAGCUGUUCCAAGUGCCAUCAUCAAGAGGAAGAAGGACCUCCACAUUCACAUCAGCUGCAAAAUGCUCCAGAACACCUGGGUUGACACCAUGUACAUUACUAAUGACAACAUCGAGGUCAAGGAAGUGCAGUAUGGCAAUUUUGACGUGAACAUUUCCUUUUAUACAUCCUCUUCAUUUUUAUAUCCGGUGACCAGCACACCAUACUAUGUGGACCUAAACCAGAACUUGUACCUUCAGGCUAAGAUCAUCCAUUCUGAUGCCUCCUUAGCCUUGUUUGUGGAUACCUGCGUGGCAUCCCCAUAUUCCAAUGACUUUACAUCUUUGACCUACGAUCUAAUCCGGAGUGGGUGUGUGAAGGACCAAACCUACCAAUCAUACUCUCAGCCGUCGCCUCGCAUCGCCCGCUUCAAAUUCAGUUCCUUCUACUUCCUGAAGCGCUUCCCCUCGGUGUACCUGCAGUGUAAAAUGGUGGUGUGCAGAGCCAACGACUCCUUCUCCCGCUGCCGCAGGGGCUGCAUCAUGAGGUCCAAGAGGGACGUGGGCUCCUACCAGGAGAAGGUGGAUGUCAUCGUGGGACCCAUUCAGCUGCGGGCCAGGAACAUCUGAAAGAGAAGCCAGGCGAGGGGGCCGCCCUCCCACCCCUAGGGCCGCACCCCGUGGGGACCCGGGAUGUUUCUUUGUGUCCUUGCACCUGCCAGGCCUGCUGCUCCUCCAGGUGAUUCGGAGUUUGCUACACCUGCCUCUCAUCUUCUUCCAUGGACUCCUGGUUUGUGAGAGACCAUGUGUCAUGCUUGGUCAAGAGACUUCUGGCCUGCGACACAGACACAUUUGCCACCUUUAUCUUCUGGGUUCUGAACUCCCUGAACAUCACACUCCUCGUCUGUGAAACAAAAAUGUUAAUAUUUACCGGUUAGGACUUGAGGGGGUGCAAUAAAAUGAUGUUAACCUGC